AUUUAAAAUUGCUGGUAUAUUAUAAAUUGCUGCUCUAAUUGUAUACUGCUUGGAGUCAUUCUGACUGAAGUGGUAUAUAAAUCUUAUCCAUCAGUAACUGGCAAACUACUUCACUGUUGUUACCAAGAGAACUACAUGGGUAUGUCCAAGCAGUCACCAGGAGUUGCCCUCAACUCAGAUAAGUCUUUUCCUUUUAUGCCUGGAACAGGACUAGGGCUGUACACAAAACAUUCCCAUUCCAACCCCCGAAUGGGCUGUUCUGAGUGAUGCAACCUCAGAGCAAGGCCAAUUUGAGGUCACACCAUUUCUGGAAUAUUUUGAAUGAACCCUUCCCUAAGUAGGAAAACAAGUUUUGGGGUUGGAAUAUUGUGUAGCAGAACAUGGGUGCCCCUCUACUUGGUGCUAAGAUCACUCUUGGAUAUUUUUACACAAACAGAGUCGUUGGGAGUCGGGCAGCAUACAAAUUUAGUAAUUUGGAACAUUACUGAAUAUUGAUUCCAAAAUCAUUGGAAUCAGAGGUGGGUGGGUAGAAUGGGCGCAUGGGACAUGCUCCACUUGCCUCUGUGCCCUCAUUCGAUAUGGUGGGCUCUGCAUACAAUGAUCUGCUUGGCUCUACUUGUGGGGAGCCCAGCCUCCAUCCCACCAGGACAUCUGGGGUCAAGUAUGGAGGCAGCAACAUCGAUGCUUAUAGAAGCAACUGUAAAUGGCUGCAAGCACAGGGUAUGGUGUCCUUUGGCCUGUAGAGCAGGGGCUCUUCUAAUCUACAGCCCUUCCCUAAUGAGACACUGAGAUAAUUUUUUUAAUUUACCAGCCUGAUGUUCUGCUUUGAGGCAGACUGCAUAAAAGAAUGAAAAAUGCAGCCCCUGUCUGUUCACUGCUGCAUUAGCAAUCUAUGUUUCAGUGUUGUGUUGCCAUGUUAGGCUUGAUCCGCCCUUUGCUAUUACAGUAUAUUUACGCUCCUAUUUCAGAGGGACGGCUCCCAUUCAUUGAGUAUAUUUAAUUUCUGCUCCGCCCAUCAUUGCUGUGGUCAUGCAGUUUGGAUGUUUCCAAGUUAUUCACUCGGUUGCUUGGCUACGGAUUUAGGCCACUCCCAUUGACUUUCUUUUUCCUGUUCAUCCAGGGUGUGUGUUUGCAUGUGUGCACGUCUGUGCAUGAUUUAUCCCAGAUCUUUGUAGAAGUCCUGCCUGGAAUCUCAACCUCAAUCUCAACCUUCUGUUCCAUAAAACUCACAGAAUUGGUCCCUCCAGCUCACGUGCGAGGGAGUGCUUCGUCGAGCCAUGCCACCUCCAGUUGUCACUCUGACUGGUUGUUCUCUCUUUUUGUGUUCUUUCAAGCAAAGCAAUUCAGCAGUCAGGCUUAAAGAAGAUAUGAAAAAGAUUGCCGUUCCGCUCCCGAGAAGACCGAAGGGGACCUGUAGCCGGAAGUUGUUUGGCACUGGUCUCCAGGAAAUGCAGCAGGAGGGGCUGAGCAAGUGUGGAAUCCCAACCGUGGUGUGGGAUAUUGUAGAAUAUCUGUCUUGGCACGGUCUCAAGCAGGAAGGUCUUUUCAGGGUGAAUGGGAACCUGAAAACAGUGGAACAGCUGCGUGCGAAGUAUGAGAGUGGAGAUCAAGUAGAUCUUGCUGCAGAGGGCGACAUAAGCUCAGCAGCCAGUUUGCUGAAGUUGUUUCUGCGGGAGCUGCCAGAUCGGGUGAUCCCUUCUGCCAUUUACCCCAAAUUCAUCCAGCUUUAUCAAGCCAGCCAGAAGUAUGGUCUGGAGACUAAUGAGUUAAGAGACCUUCUGAUGCAGAUGCCUGAGACUCACUAUUGUCUCCUUAAGUAUCUUUGCUACUUCCUGAAAAGGGUUGCUGAGCAUCACUCUGAGAACAAGAUGACUAUUUCCAACCUUGCUACUGUUUUUGGACCAAAUUGUUUUUGUGUCUCGCCUGGCUUUGAAGGUAUGAAGGAGCAAGAAAUCUGUAACAAAAUCAUGGUCCACAUGCUGGAAAACUACAGUCCCUUAUUUGAAUGGGAGCACCAGAAGAAGGAAGGAGGAUGCAAGGAGUCACCGAAAAUUAUAUUGGUGAAAGAGGCUAGUUGCAAGCCGACCCCGUCAAUCAUGCUGACGAGUCUUGAGACAGAAACACCAAAGCCGAGGCCAAGAACAAAGAUUGUAAAGUCCAAACAAGAAAGACCAUCUCUGCCGCGUUUAAUGCUGCAGCCGAGACAGUCAGAUGGAAUUCCCCGGGUUAGCAUCCAUUUAACAGAUAGUUUGUGUUCCAAGGAGAUGGAGUUAGCAGAUGAAAUCUCCUUCAUAAGCAAUGCUGCAUUCUUCACCAGUUCCCAAGAGGAUGAAAGGCCCAUAUCACCAUUCUAUCUGAGUGCUCAUGUGUCACAAGUCAACAACAUCCCUGCUACUGGAGAGUUUGGCAGAUUCUUAGAAAAGACUAUCCGGUCAGCUGUUGAACAACAUCUUUUUGAUGUUCAUGGCUCUAGUGGUCAAAGUUCAGAAGAAUCUGAAUCCGGAACGUCAUUAACAUCUUCCAGUGUAUCUGCCUGGCAGCGCAGGCGACAUCAUAAAGAACAAGAUGAAACCCGAAGGACCAGAGAUAUGGAGGUCAUCAAUAAAGAGAAUAUUCCUUCUGGCUUCAGCAGCAUUGAAGAGUGUAUGCUGAAUGCUCAGGAAGUGGAAAAAUGCCAAGAAAACAGCUCUGGUUAUAUUGCGGAAAGAAGUAAACCAAAACGUCAGAAAUCCAGCACCAAACUAUCUGAGCUUAACGACAACCAAGACAGUUCUUUGACGAUGGAAACCUUUGGUUCCUUGAGACAUGUAGACGGAAGAAGACCGGAUGACAUGGAGGUGUUUUCUGAAGAAAGCAAAGACAGCAAAAGCGAGGAUGAUUUGUUAAUGCACAAUCAGAGCUCAAGUAUGAAGAUCCAGGAACACCCUGUCAUUCCUGAAGUCAAAUUACAGAGGAACCAAGAAGUAGAUGGCCAGGAAGACACCUUUGUAUCAGAAGUGCCUCGUCUGGACCUGUCAGCCUUGCGUAGUGGCAACAACUGGGAAGAACCUGUCCCUGCCUUUUCCUCCUGGCAGCGUGAUGGCUUAGAUUCUGAUGAAGCUCGCCUCUCCCCUCAGGCCGGUCGCCUCAUUCAGCAGCUUUUGGAUGAGAAUAGUGACCCAAUGCUGUCCCCUCGCUUUUAUAGCUAUGGGCAAAGUCAGCAGUACUUGGAUGACACAGAAGUGCCUCCUUCCCCACCCAAUUCUCAUUCGUUCAUGAGGCGAAGAAGUUCUUCUUUGGGAUCUUAUGAAGAUGACAGUGAAGAUUUGACACCAGCACAGUUGACUCGCAGGAUUCAAGGACUGAAGAAAAAGAUCAGGCGGUUUGAAGAAAAAUUUGAGGAGGAGAGAAAGUAUAGGCCCUCUCACAGUGACAAAGCAGCCAAUCUAGAGGUGCUGAAAUGGACAAAUGACCUUGCAAAGUUUAGAAAGCAACUAAAAGAGUCAAAACUGAAAAUGUCAGAAGAGGAUCUGGUUCCUGUGACACGCCAACGUAGCAAUACACUCCCCAAAAGUUUUGGCUCUCGGCUGGAGAAGGAGGAAGAGAAACAAGAUGUCUCUGAUAAAUCAUCAAAGCCUUCAGUGGAGGCAACUCUGGAAUCCAUGCAGAAGAAACUUGAAGAGAAAAGGACAGAAGCAAACCGACCUGAGGACAUUAAGGAUAUGACUCGAGAUGACAUAGCAGCAGAGAAAGUGGCCCUUCAGAAAGCCCUCCUGUAUUAUGAAAGCAUCCAUGGAAGACCAGUAACAAAACAUGAACGGCAAACGAUGAAACCCCUCUAUGACAGAUACCGCUUGGUGAAACAGAUCCUCUCAAGGGCAAACUGUAUUCCCAUUAUUGGUUCCCCCUCUAGCAAGCGGAGAAGUCCUUUGCUACAGCCAAUAAUUGAAGGAGAAACUGCUUCCUUCUUCAAAGAGAUAAAGGAGGAAGAGGGUGGAUCUGAGGAUGACAGCAGUGUGAAACCAGAUUUCACAGUCACAAUAAAAUCUGACUUUGGUGUAAGAAGUUUUUUGGACCAACUAGAAGAUGAUGCUGAUGGCUUCAUUUCUCCAGUGGACGAUAGGAUUCCUUCAAGAAGCAGCCAGGACAUGGGACUGUCAAACCUUCAUGCUGCUUCUAUGCCAGAACUUGUAGAACAGCUUCAAGAAGUCAGGGAAGAUAAAAAGAGGAUCAGAAAAAAAUUGAGAGAUUUUGAAGACAAUUUUUUCCGACAAAAUGGAAGAAAUGUCCAGAAAGAAGACCGUGUUCCUAUGGCUGAAGAAUAUAAUGAAUACAAGCAGGUUAAGGCCAAGCUGAGGCUUCUGGAGGUCCUCAUCAGCAAAAGAGAUUUAAGUUCCAAGAUCAUGUAGUAAAGCUACACUGGAUUUGCCAGUAAUGUUAAGAAGUUGAUGAAGCCAAAAAAAAUAAAAACAAAGAACUCAGCAAGAGCCUAAUACCACAAAGGGCUUCAGUGGCUCUCCCUGACUGUGGCUGGCAGAAGAGAGGGUGUGAAGGAGGGAGGGUCCUGCAUCUUUCUUCAGACUUGUGACCUGUUCUGCCAUCCAGGCUGGCAAGACAGGGGGGUGUUGAUCCACUGAGAAGACUCUGCUCCAAGAAGUUCCUUUUGUUUUCAUCAGGCGGUGACCCGUGAUUGCUUGGACUAAAAAGAAACAAAACAAAACCAAUUUUUAUCUUCUUUGGAGCAUCAAUGCAAGAAAGGUGAACUAGUUAGAGUGCUCAUGAAUCUCCAAAUAAUUGCCUGUAAUUUUCAGACCAAUAAAGCAAUCAGGUCUGUUCUAAUAGGAGGGGCGUAUGUUCUGAGACUGUUCUGAGAGAGGGGUUCCCUCUUAAAAUCUCAUAUUUGACUGCAGGGUUUUGUUGUUGUUGAUACAUAGUUCUUGUAACUUGCUCCAACUGAAAGUUGAAUUGCCAGUUGGUGAAGAACUGUUAAGUGUGACUGCCUUGGCUUUCAAUAUGGCUGCUUUUUUUUUGAAAGAAAUCACACUUUCUUACUAAUGGGUUUUUCAGAAAUGUUAUUACACAAUUCCUACAUCUGUUUCCCCUGGGAGAAAGAAAAAUUGAGGAAGCAGACCUUGGAGAAAUUGGACUUAGUUAAUGGGAUGUCUUCAAGAGUUGGAAGAUGGGAGUGGGGAUGAUCUUGGUAGCCAGAGUGUUCUGAUUUGAUUGUGGGUUUCAGACAGUGUUUGGGAGGGUCUCUUUAAAUUCUUCAUCUUUGUCCUUGAUGUGAAGAUCAGGAAUAAUGGACAAGCUUCCUUGAAAAUCAGAAGAUCAUCAUCUGAUUUUCUUCUGCAAUAAUGGCAUUUCUACAAUCCGCUCUUGAUUUGUGUCAAACAAUAAUGAAAUCCAGCUCAUUGGUGCCCUGCAACACUUCUGAGAAGUUUCUCCAGCAGACUUGGUGCCAAUGUGCAGAGAUUUCUCAGCAAACCAAUUUAAUGUAACAGGGUUUCCUGUGACUAGAAAGUAUUAAAAUGUCUAGACAAUAGGCUUUUAAAUAAAAUUAAUGACAAUGACAGUUUGUGUCAUACCCUUAUAAUGUUUUGUUACCCCCAAAUAGGUAGUGGAUCCACUGGAUCCAGUGCUGAUCUUGCACAUUUUUUUUUCUGUUCAUGUUUAGCUGCAGCUCAGUGUGGCUUUGUCAUUGCUGUGUACUUUCAGAUCACUUGAGCAAAAUGGUAGGUAGUAGAACAAUGCACUUUAGAGAGAAACAUAUAUUUUUUUAAAAAAUGAAAACAAAGAAUUUUUAAAAAUAACCAAAUCUGUAUUGAAAUAAAGGAAAAAAAAUAUUUUGUCUACCUGACUUUUCUGUUAUGCCAUUUUUAAAGGAAGGAAAAAUAUGUCUAAAAACCUUAAAGUUUGCCGGUAGCUAAUAGGAAAGUGUAUUGUAAUAAAUGCACACCUUUCCAAGCACCAGCAUUAGGAAAUAUUUAUAAGUAUGUUUAAUACGAUGAAUAAUAUCUUUUCAGCAUUUAAUAGAAAUGUUUUCCACCACCUUUGAAAAUCAACUGAGUUAAAAAUAUAAUUAUCAAAUACAAAUGUAUUAAAUGAAUGCUCAACCAUACCACAGAAAUUAUUGAAAAGUUUGGAUCCAAAUUAAUGCAAUAUAACUAAAGAUUCAAAAAUCUAACUCUGUAGGUUUAAGAUAGCUUUAGACUUGUUUUUCUCAACAAUUAGCCCAUUGUGGCACGUGAUAAGCUGCUUAUGAAGGCAAAGUCACUGGCAGGCCUCAAAUGAAGAGUAAAAUGAAACUCUUUGUAGUCUAAUACUGAGUCCCAAAUAACCCCAAAUAUUUCAUUGAAUUCACUUGGGUGUGCUCUCAGAUAAGUAUUAGAGAACUAACAGGUAAUUAUUUUCAUACCUUUAUUUUUAAGAUGACCUUUCCUUACUAAAAUUACUGCUUGCGUUGACGAGAAAGAGAUGAAAACAGAGAGAGAGAUUUUACCUAUUUUCAGAGUCUAGAUUAAGGUUUUGGCUGAAAAAUAGCAAGUGAUAACAAUAUAAAUGAAAAUGAUGUCGAGGUGUCUGUUCCUUGAUUUCUCUUUUGAAUAAUUAUUUAUAUGUCUCAAGAUGCUAAAUGAUAUGCAAGCCUUCAUUUUAAAACUAAGAUUAAUAAUGAAUGAAACUUUUGCAGAUAGAAAUGAUUCUCAGAAUUAAGAGAAAAAUUUGUAAUUUGCUGACGGGCUUACUCUUAACAAAUCACCUUUUUUUUUAACAUAAACAUGGAACAACCAGCAUGUCUUCUAAUCAUUGUUAAGCUUUGAGGUUUAAUUUGUUUACGAUAUGCAUGUGUCCAUAGCCCAGAUUAGCUUGUCUGUAAUUAAAAGCUCAAGUGGCAAAGUCUAUCUGAAUUAGAAGUUUGCAGCUGGACUUUCCGAUAGGUUGGCAAGAGGCAGAUUAUCAUUUUACCACCAGAAUAUAAAUCAGUUUUCCAUUUACAUACAUGCAAUGAGCAAAUGGAUAAUGAGUAUUUCUGGCAUGUUUCUGAGGUUUUAGUACUCCUUUCCACAUUCCCCUUGCUACUGGGAGAAAGGAGUGACCAAAAUGAUGGCAUAAUAAAUUUAAUAAAUAAUACUUAGUUGAGAAUGGGGAUCCUGUGAAGAGCCUUCAGUUGGGAAAAUGCAGUAGGAUAUCAUGAUUCCAUUAGUCAGUUCUCUUUAUGAUGAGAAGCAGAUGGAGAGUGGGAUUGUGAUCUGAACCUAAUUUCUCUCCAUCAAUUAUAAAGCAAGAAAAAUUAUAUCUCAACAGAACUUAAUAAGCCUAUCCUAUCCAGGAAGAUAUAUACUCUUCAGAAGCCAAAGGUCGCUUUCCCAGCACUUUCAUGAUAUAUCUGUAGUGCAUACAAAAGUUCUCAAGGCUGACUUUACAUCAGAUUACUUUGCUGCUUGCUUUGAUGACAUUUCUGAUUCAUGGACCUAUUUUUGUGGCUAAAGAGACAUGAUGGUGAUUGUGUGUUUAGGCAAGCAAUAGAUACUAAGCAAUGUCUGUGUUCAAGGACGCCUUUUAAAAAAAAAAGAUUGUGCUUAAUGAAAAGGAAUGCUUAUUGUCAUCAAUUUUCCUGCCUAUUUUUAAGCUUUCAGAUAAACAUAAACUUGUAUGUAUGGAGAAGGACUUUGUCCAAAUUACCAUUUCUAAGAUGUAAAUUUCCAGGCAGCUAAAUCUGCCCUUUUUUCUCAAAUGCUGUUUGUUCAUUCCUACUUCUACUCCCUGGCACUCUGCUCCAGAAUAAGGGAUACUGGGACCUUCUUGGAAUUCUACCAUCUCUUUCUAUGUUACUUCUGUCAAUAGAGUGCUGCCAUGUUUUUAAAAGGAAGCCACUGUACCCAGAACAAAUUAAGCUUCUGUUUCUGCUCUGAAGGGCCAUAGAAUAUUUUUAAGAACACUUAAUACCAUUUUAAAAGAAAGGCAAGAGUUUAUCCUCUCAGCAAAUCCCUCACAAGUAAUCUUAUUAGUAGUUAUCCUGCAAAGACUACAGGUUGUCAGAAAUUUUGCCAUGGCAAAGGAGCUAAUACAGGAGAAGUUCAUAAACAUCCUUAAAACUCCAGUAUAAAGGGGUACAUUCAGUCUCUUUCUUAUAAGAAAUUAGACCUCAAGUUCUUUUCCAUCUCUGGAACAGCUCUAUAGUAUUGCUUAGGUGUUCAACAGUGACUGAAAAACAUUUUUGAAAUUAUCUUUUUUGACUCUUCAACCAUCUGUAAGCAUGCCUGCAUGCUUUGAUACUUCAUCUCUAGUCUGUCUAUGUAUAUUGAAAGGUCUAAUUCUAUUUUGAGCAGAAUCCAGGGUAUGGACUCUGUUGAGAAGAGGGAAUAGCAUUACUCUGUGCAGGUCCCAGUCAUUUUGAUGGGCCAAGUACCAAAGAGAUUCCCUAGGGUGUGUGCCUUUUUAUUUUUGAUAUAGAAACAGCCUUGAUUACAACAGAAAAGUUAAAGCCAAUAAUUCUCAACCGUGCUAUUCAGUUGUAGAAAAUUCCUGUGUCAAAAUUCAUCUGUGGUUUCAGAUAUAACAAUACAUUUCUUGCUGAAUGAUCGUUUGCUUUAUGCCCCUGAUGAAACCUUAUGGACCCAGUUCUAUGUUUACAUCAAAGACAGAAAAAUUCGUUUAAUACACUGCAUCUUUUUAAAAAUGUAAAUGAUUGACAAAAUUAUGUGUGCAUUUUCGUACAUGAUGCUAUUUUGUAUGGAACAAAGAAAUAAACUAUUUUUGACUUCA